AUGGCUCAAUGAUCGCAAUGUUCAGUUUUAAACCCCUCCCCUGAACACUCCACCUUUUCGUCUCCAACACGGAAAGGUAUUUCCUUAUGCAAUAUCAGAACUUCAGCUAUCCAUCCGGCUCCGUUCCCAAGCUUCAGCACAGCAACAGUUAAUAAGUGUUUGCAACGUCCAAGUAGGAUCCUGUUUCGACAGCGUUAUUCGCCUACAGCCCCCGAACUUCCCCUACAAAGGCUUGCUGUUCGAAACUUCUCUUACAGUGUGAUGCGAUAUACUGCUCAACAUACGAAACAGACUGCAACUGUUUCUGCGGAGCAAGGCAACGAACCUGUCGUCCAUAAGACGGGCGGUCGGAUCAGCCAAUUUAUUCAGCAUUCUAAAGAGCUCGUUCGUUUUUAUAAAGAUGGAUUGAAGCAAAUAUGGUCAAAUUAUCAAUUAACAAAAGAAAUUCGAGGAAAGCUUGAGAAGGACGGUAUGGAUAGUUUGACGCGACAGGAGUUUCAGUUGUUAAGACGUUCGCAGAAAGACAUGAUCAAGUUGAUCCCCUUUGGAUUCAUCUUUAUGAUAUUACCAGAAUCAAUUCCUCUGUUUGUCAUUUUUGUCCCAGGAAUGAUUCCCAGUACUUGUUUAAAAGAGAAUCAAAUUAGAAAGCAACGUGAAAAACUGGACGAAAAACGACAGCAAAUUACCAAGUAUACCUUGAUGUCUUCAAAAAAAAUUGAAGCAAUUAAGCCUGAAGACUUUUUAUCCAAGGAUAAAUUUCGAAAACUUGCCAUUCAUUAUGGACACGAAUUCGAUCUACAAUAUAUUAUGAGGAAGAAUCUCUCAGCGUAUUGCAGGUUCAUGGGGCUCUCAGAUUUCGGCCCAGCUCCCAUGUUGAGAAAAAGGCUUGCCAAACACAUGAAUUAUUUAGACCAAGACGAUAGAUUCCUCAUCAAAGAAAAUAGUGUAGACACCUUAAGUCCAAAAGAACUUUGUCAGGCAGUAGAAGAACGUGGUAUGAGGUCCAUAGACGACGACGAAGAAAACAUGAGACGUGGUCUAAAGUAUUGGUUGAGCCUCUCACAGCCAACAAACCCUAAGCAAACCAAGAUACCACCAGGAUUACUUGUUUUUAGCAGAGUAUUUCUGCUGAAUGCAACAUAUAAAUAACUCAGUCGCAUAACACCACCCCCAUAUGGUUAGAAUGUAUGCUGUGCUAAACUUGGUCUCGAAAUGUGUUGGAACAAAUUCCUGUGGGCAUUCGUGUAAAUAAUAGAAUAGAACAAAU